AUGGUAAGUACAGACCCACGCGUUAAGGAGCUGUGCCCCUAUAAUAUAGAGAAAUGCGUGCUGCCCACGUACAACUACUCCCAAAAGUUCGAAGGGGCCAAGAGUUGUGAGCAUGGAGCCAAGAGGGAGAACGCCUAUUCGAAUGCAACGGCGCCGGGGACGUGCAAGGCGGACGUCGACGCCUCGUACCCCCGCGACCUGUCCUACGUGGCGGGUGCCUGUUGCGUUCUGUUCGUGAUCUUGGGCGUACCGGGCAACCUGCUCACGCUGGUGUCGCUGGGCCGCAGCCGGCGGCUGCGCGGCCCGACCACGGCGUUCGUGCUGAGCCUUUGCCUUGCCGACUUGCUGUUCUGCGCCAUCAACCUGCCGCUGACGGCCACGCGCUACUUCCGACGCUGCUGGAUGUUCGGCGACGACAUGUGCGUCGUGUUUGGCUUCUUCUUCUACGGCAACGUGGCUACCUCCAUAUUUUCGAUGACGGGCAUCUCGGUUAGCAGGGCUGUGCUGGUAGACUCGCGCCUUCGGCACGACCGUCUGUUCUCCGGAAGCCGCACCCUAAUGGCGGUCGUUUCAUGCUGGCUGGUCGGUUUCGGCCUGCUGGUUCCCGUGCUCCUCGGCUGGUGGGGUCGCUUCGGUCUGCACAGGCCGACCUUCUCGUGCACCAUCCUGAGCAAAGAUGGCCGUUCACCAAAGAGAUUCCUGUUUGCCUUGGCAUUCCUGAUACCGUGCAUGGGAAUCAUAGCCUCGUACGGACGCAUAUACUACAAGAUUCAGCACAGUUCGCGCAGGCUUGCAUCCUACAGCGGCAUGACGAGGAUGCGAAGCCCAUCUUCGCGCCACAGGGAGGAAGAGAUGCGAGUCACGAGGCUGAUGACCAUCAUCUUCGCGCUCUUCCUGCUCUGCUUCCUGCCGCUGCUCGUGGCCAACCUUCUAGAGGCGCAGAUUACAACGCCGUGGGUCCACGUGACGGCUUCCAUUCUGUCCUGGAUGUCCUGCUGCAUAAAUCCCGUCGUGUACGCAGUCAUGAACAGGCAGUACCGAAGCUCUUACUUGGCACUUCUGUGCCCCAGGAGAGCCCGAGAGCGAGACCUGAGAAACACGAUGUGCCGAAGUCUGAAAAGCACUGCAGUAUGAGUGUCACGUGUUGCGCGACCCAGUAGGUUAAAGGCACCAGACAAUUUUCUUGGUAUUUCUGGCUGAUAGGUUUGAUGACGUAUGUGACAGAAUUUUCGUGUUAUUUAGGUAAUGACUAGACAGUCAUAUUCGUAAUACCCUCUUGCCAUCCAAUGGCCGUUUUGGUCAACACCACGUCAAGGAGGCGAUCACGAGAGCACCCAGACGUAGGCGGCUAGGUAGAUCGACAGACAGGUAACCUUGAUAGAAACGCUCG